AUGUUGCUUCCAAGAUGUAUCUUUUGCGUGAUCUUCAGUAUAAUACUAAUAGCAGUCGAUUGUGCUAUAUUUUCUCCCAACAACAAAUAUUCCAGCAGACAAACGUUACAUUCAGUCAGCAUUAACAAUGGCGUGAUAGAAAUUGCAAGAAGUAGCGGUAGACUAAGGAGAAAUUCAGAGACUGCUGGUAAUGGGGCGACCACUGCUAGUACUACUACUUCAGCUGUCCAUAGUUCUAAAACAGCACACUCGUCUGCUACCGGAACGACUCCUAAAACAGUCCAGAGUUCCGCUGCAGCCAAAUCUACCACUACAGCUCCAAGCAAAUUAGGUAAAUCAACCGUUAUUCCAGGAGGCAAUGUUGAAAUCGAGGUGCAUCCGUUUGUGUUGAACGGCACACAGAAAGCUAAUCAGGCAUUCAUUCACUGGAUUGGCAAAGGAACUAGUGAGCGUAUUGUUAUUCUUACAUGUACUCAAAACACCAGCGAUGGAUCAAGAAGUGUGGUGGAAAGUCAGCUAUGGAGAUCUGACAAUUAUGGGACCAGUUUUAAAGAAAUAUACCUUGGACCAGGAGCUAAAAUAUCUUACUUCUAUACUUUUGCACAGAAUGAGAAAAAGCUGCUGUUUACAGAUGUUUCAGCCAAGAAGAUCUACAUCACCCAAGAUGAACUGGACACCCAUGAGGCCCUUUCUGUCCCAGUUGAGCCAGAUGUAGUUUUGCCUCACCCGACUGAUGAAAAUAAAACCUUGCUAUACAGUUUGAAUCAGAGACAGUUGUAUGUGUCAACUGAUUUUGCUAAAACCUGGACCAUCCUGAGUGAAAAUGUUCUGCCUAAUUUUUAUUGGGGUGUGCAGGGUGUUGAUUCAGAUGUUGAUACUGUCCACAUGGAAGUGGAAGCAGGAAUGCCAACACAAGCCAGCUAUAAAGUAUGCAGUUUGCCAGAUUGCAAAAAUGCUAUCGUUGACCAAGUCGGGCCAUUCAUGGCGGACAGCCUUGCUGUUCAUAAGGAGUACAUCUUUGUGCAGAAGAGCACCUACUUGGGCACAGAUAGCUAUAUGAUGGUCUCGUACAAUAGAAAACCAUUUAAGAGAGCUUUCUUCCCUGGUGAUUUGAAAACAGAUGACUUCAUGCUGCUGAACCUUGAUGAUGGGCAAGUGUUUGUUGCUGUUAACCAUGGCGAUAUGGUCAAUUUGUACUUAUCUGAGGUGACAGGACAGUACUAUGUUCUCAGUUUCACCAAUGUUUACCACAUCUUGAGGCUUGGCUACUUUGAGAUAGACUUCCAUGAGGUUCAGAGUAUGAACUGGACAUUCCUAGCCAACAAAAGGGAGACCAAUGGAGUGAAAACCUACAUUUCAUUUGAUAAAGGUGGAAACUGGAAGCCCUUGACAUUAAACAAAAGUUGCACUGUGGAGGAGAAGUGUUCUCUCCUGCUUGAAGUGAAACAGUCUGCUCUGACCACAUCAAUGAUGUCUCAAGAAAGUGCUCCUGGAAUUAUUGUAGCCCACGGCAUUGUGGGGAUUAACUUUCGGGACACCAAUCUGUUUACCAGCAGUGAUGGAGGAGCUACCUGGCUGAAAGCUGUUACUAGUGAUGGAACCCCACUUGUGGGCAGAUACAGGCUGAACUUUCUGGACCAGGGAGGCAUUCUUACAGCAGUGCCUGAUGGUUUGCUGACAGGGUACAGCAAUAAAACUGUCUUCUAUUCCUAUGAUGAGGGGAAACAAUGGCAGAAGCAAGACUUUGACUCUGCAGGUCUUAUUGUCAAAGGAGUUCUCACAGAGCCUGGAAGCCGAACAAUGGUUGCAAGUGUAUUUGGUCACGAAGGAGUAUAUAAGCCCUGGACUGUCAUAAAGCUGAAUUUCUCCAAGACUCUGCCUGUCAGAUGUGGACAAAACGAUUAUGAAAACUGGUACCCACGAGACUAUAAUAAUCAGAAUAACAAUACAUGCAUCCUGGGACAAGUAGUUGUGUACACACGUCGCAGUCCUGGAGUGAAAUGCUACAAUGGAGAAGCUGCAAUAACACGAAUUGUGCAGAAUACUACUUGUGAGUGCACUUCAGAAGAUUAUGAAUGUGACUUUGGAUAUGAAGAGAAAGGAGAUGGGUGCCAGAAGGCUGCUUGGUUUGAUGAAGCAUACACUCCCCCUGAAUGUGACAGUGGUGGAACUUACAACAAGAGCCAAGGAUAUAGAAAGAUACCUGCUGACCUCUGUGUUGAAAGUAAGUCUGAUCAGAAACAGAAGAAGUACAUCAAGGUAGAAACACCCUGCCACUCAGCUGCUCCAUCAAAAUUGUCAAUCAUAGUUCAGUCAUCAAAGUUACCAGCAGGAAAGGAGGUUACCUUUCAUCUUGAACAAGCUGGUAGUCUCGGGUUUCAGAAUGCCUCCAUUAAAAAACACACCUUCAAAUUUGCAAAACACUAUACUGUUAACGUGACUGUGGAAAAUAAGAAAGGAAAAGCAGUUGCCUCAGCAGAGAUCCAUGUGCAGGAUCCUCUUGUAAGCAUGUUUAUGUUAGCACCACUGGCUGGAAAGAUUGGUGUGCCUGUGACUUUUAAUGUGAUUCCAACCUCUGCAAGCAGGGUGAUUGACACAAGCUCAGACCAUCUGCACUUUGUAUGGAAUUUUGGAGACGGGAGUGAUGGUCAGCUACCAGUGUUAACUUGGAACAGCAGUGUGACCCAUGUGUUUAACAAGGCUGGGACGUACAGAAUGUCUGUGGAGGCAGUCAAUUCUGUAUCUUCUAUCUACAAGGAGCAGUUCAUUCACAUAUUUGAUGAUGCAGAGAUUCUCUUACUGACAUUCAGCAGUAAUGUUGACAGGUACAGCAUCAGUGCUGUGCUAGCGGAACUCUUCACACUUAGAAUCAAACAGCAGUUGGCUGAGGAUUUGGGUGUAAGCACUGAACGUCUGGAAGCAGUCAUCGUGAGCACCACUCCAACCACUGCACACCUCUUUAUUUUUCCAUCCACUGACCCAAAAGAAGCAACUGUUGCUGCUAUAAGAGACAAGGUGAUAAGCCAAGUGCAGAAAGGUGUUCUUGGGGUGAAUCUGUUUGGAAAAAAUUAUGAAGCUGGAGAGAUCAUUUCAAUUGUUUCUGCCAAGAAGCUUUCAGAAACGGGUCAGUCCUCAGGCCCAAAUAUGAAGGCUGUCUACAUCGCAGCUCCAGUCCUGGUUCUGGUUGUCAUUGUUUCCUUUGUAUCGUUUCUUUACUGCCGAAAGAAACUUCAGAAUCUCCAUCAGUACAACAUCCUCCACACACAUGAUGACUCAGAUGCCUUACUUGAUGAUGAUGAGGCACCCUUAGAUCUGAAUGUAGACUUUGCCACAAGAGCCAGCUCUCGCGAUGACUCCAUGCUUGAUGUUGGUGGCAGUCAUCUAGUUCUGGUGACAGGAGGCGGGUCAUCGGAUAAUGCAGAGAAUUGCUAA